GGGCGUCAUUCUGUUAGCGUCCCGGCAGCAGGUUUGGCUCAGCUCGGAGUACCCGCCACCACUGUAUGUUUAUGCCUGCGUCCCAUAGGUAAUAUCUCAGCACCGACCGGGGGCUCUGCAACACAAGGAGUCUGCAUGUCUAGCGACUAGACAUGCUCAGCUUUGUGGAUACACGGAUUUUGUUGCUGCUCGCAGUAACUUCGUACCUAGCAACAUGUCAACAAGCAAAUGAGGCAACUGCAGGACGGAAGGGCCCAAGAGGAGACAAAGGGCCACAGGGAGAAAGGGGUCCACCAGGUCCACCAGGCAGAGAUGGUGAAGAUGGUCCACCAGGGCCUCCAGGGCCCCCUGGUCCUCCAGGUCUUGGCGGAAACUUUGCUGCUCAGUAUGACGGAGCAAAAGCAGGUGACUAUGGCUCAGGACCAAUGGGUUUAAUGGGACCCAGAGGCCCACCUGGAACAAGUGGACCUCCUGGUCCUCCUGGCUUCCAAGGACCUCAUGGUGAGCCUGGUGAACCUGGUCAAACAGGUCCCCAGGGUCCCCGUGGUCCAUCUGGUCCUCCUGGAAAGGCUGGUGAAGAUGGCCAUCCUGGAAAAUCUGGACGAUCUGGUGAGAGGGGCGUCUCUGGUCCUCAGGGUGCUCGUGGUUUCCCUGGAACUCCUGGUCUGCCUGGCUUUAAGGGAAUUAGAGGACACAAUGGUCUGGAUGGUCAGAAGGGACAACCUGGUACUCCAGGCAUUAAGGGUGAAUCCGGUGCCCCUGGUGAAAAUGGUACCCCAGGACAAUCUGGUGCUCGUGGCCUUCCCGGUGAAAGAGGAAGAAUUGGUGCACCUGGCCCAGCUGGUGCCCGUGGCAGCGAUGGUAGCACUGGUCCCACUGGUCCUGCUGGCCCUAUCGGUUCUGCUGGUGCUCCAGGUUUCCCAGGUGCUCCUGGAGCCAAGGGUGAAAUUGGAGCUGCUGGUAAUGUAGGUCCUUCUGGCCCUGCUGGUCCACGAGGAGAGGCUGGACUUCCUGGUUCUUCUGGUCCCGUUGGCCCUCCUGGAAACCCUGGUUCUAAUGGUCUUGCUGGUGCUAAAGGUGCAACUGGUCUUCCUGGUGUUGCUGGUGCUCCUGGCUUGCCUGGUCCACGUGGUAUUCCUGGACCUUCUGGCCCUGCCGGAGCUGCUGGCACCAGAGGUCUUGUUGGUGAACCAGGCCCUGCUGGUGCCAAGGGAGAAAGUGGUAACAAGGGUGAACCCGGUGCUGCUGGUCCAUCAGGUCCCGCUGGUCCAAGUGGUGAAGAAGGCAAGAAAGGUACUACUGGUGAACCUGGCUCUUCUGGCCCCCCUGGUCCAGCUGGUCUAAGAGGCGUUCCUGGAUCUCGUGGUCUCCCUGGAGCUGACGGCAGAGCUGGUGUUAUGGGACCUGCUGGCAGCCGUGGUGCUACUGGUCCUGCUGGUGCUAAAGGUCCUAGUGGUGAUAAUGGUCGCCCUGGUGAGCCUGGCCUUAUGGGUCCAAGAGGUCUCCCUGGUCAACCUGGAAGCUCAGGCCCUGCUGGCAAGGAAGGUCCUGUUGGUUUCCCUGGUGCAGAUGGUAGAGUUGGCCCAACUGGUCCAGCUGGUGCAAGAGGUGAGCCUGGCAACAUUGGAUUCCCUGGACCCAAAGGCCCCACUGGUGACCCUGGCAAACCUGGUGACAGAGGCCAUGCUGGUCUUGCUGGUGCUCGGGGUGCGCCUGGUCCUGAGGGCAACAAUGGGGCUCAAGGUCCUCCUGGUGUUGCUGGCAACCCUGGUGCAAAAGGUGAACAAGGUCCAGCUGGUCCUCCCGGUUUCCAGGGUCUCCCAGGCCCCUCAGGUCCAGCUGGUGAAGCUGGCAAACCAGGUGAAAGGGGUAUGGCUGGUGAAUUUGGUGCCCCUGGCCCUGCGGGUUCAAGAGGUGAACGUGGUCCUCCAGGCGAAAGUGGUGCUGUUGGUCCUGUAGGUCCCAUUGGAAGCCGUGGUCCAUCUGGUCCACCAGGCACUGAUGGCAACAAGGGUGAACCUGGUAAUGUUGGUAAUGCUGGUACUGCAGGCCCCUCUGGCGCUGGUGGAGCCCCAGGAGAGAGAGGCAUUGCUGGUAUUCCAGGACCCAAGGGUGAAAAGGGUGCUACAGGUCUGAGAGGGGAUACUGGCGCAACAGGAAGAGAUGGUGCUCGUGGUGCUCCUGGUGCUAUUGGAGCCCCUGGCCCCGCUGGUGGAGCUGGUGAGCGGGGUGAAGGUGGUCCUGCUGGUGCUGCUGGCCCUUCUGGUGCCCGUGGUAUUCCUGGUGAACGUGGUGAGCCUGGUCCUGCUGGCCCUACUGGAUUUGCUGGACCUGCUGGUGCAGCUGGCCAACCUGGUGCUAAAGGUGAACGAGGUACAAAAGGACCCAAGGGUGAAAAUGGUCCACAAGGUGCUGUUGGCCCAGUUGGUUCUUCUGGACCAUCAGGUCCUGUUGGUGCCUCUGGUCCUGCUGGUCCUCGUGGUGAUGGUGGUCCUCCUGGUGUCACUGGUUUCCCUGGAGCUGCUGGCAGAACUGGUCCUCCCGGCCCCUCUGGUAUCACUGGCCCCCCUGGUCCCCCUGGCUCAGCUGGCAAAGAUGGUAUGAGAGGCCCACGUGGUGAUACUGGUCCAGUUGGCCGCACUGGAGAACAAGGCAUUGUUGGCCCACCUGGCUUCAGUGGUGAGAAAGGUCCAUCUGGAGAGCCUGGUGCUGCUGGUCCCCCUGGUACCCCAGGUCCUCAGGGUAUUCUUGGUGCUCCUGGUAUCCUUGGUCUGCCUGGCUCUCGGGGAGAACGUGGUCUUCCAGGCAUCUCUGGAGCAACAGGUGAACCAGGUCCUCUUGGUAUUUCCGGUCCUCCUGGUGCACGUGGUCCCUCUGGCCCCGUGGGUUCUGCUGGUCUGAAUGGUGCCCCUGGUGAAGCUGGCCGUGAUGGCAAUCCUGGCCAUGAUGGUGCUCCAGGCCGUGAUGGUGCUCCUGGUUUCAAGGGUGAGCGUGGUGCUCCUGGGAACAAUGGACCUGCUGGUGCUGUUGGUGCUCCUGGCGCCCAUGGUCAAGUUGGUCCUGCUGGAAAGCCUGGAAAUCGUGGUGAUCCUGGUCCUGUUGGUCCUUCUGGUCCUGCUGGUGCUUUUGGUGCAAGGGGUCCUUCUGGCCCACAAGGUGCACGUGGUGAGAAGGGAGAAACAGGUGAAAAGGGACACAGAGGUAUGCCUGGAUUUAAGGGGCACAAUGGACUUCAGGGUCUGCCUGGUCUUGCUGGCCAACAUGGAGAUCAAGGUCCUCCAGGUUCUACUGGCCCCGCUGGCCCAAGGGGUCCCUCUGGUCCUUCUGGUCCUGCUGGAAAAGAUGGUCGCAAUGGACUCCCUGGCCCUAUUGGACCUGCUGGUGUGCGUGGUUCUCAGGGUAGCCAAGGUCCUUCGGGUCCACCUGGCCCACCUGGUCUCCCUGGUCCCCCUGGUGCAAAUGGUGGUGGAUACGAAGUUGGCUAUGAUCUUGAAUACUACCGGGCUGAUCAGCCUGCUCUCAGACCUAAGGACUAUGAAGUUGAUGCCACUCUGAAAACAUUGAACAACCAAAUUGAGACCCUCCUGACCCCAGAAGGCUCCAGGAAGAACCCAGCUCGCACCUGCCGUGACCUGAGACUCAGCCACCCAGAAUGGACCAGUGGUUUCUACUGGAUUGAUCCCAACCAGGGCUGUACUAUGGAUGCCAUUAGAGUGUAUUGUGACUUCUCCACUGGUGAGACUUGCAUACAUGCCAAUCUAGAAAACAUCCCCACUAAGAACUGGUAUGUCAGCAAGAACUCCAAGGAAAAGAAGCACAUGUGGUUUGGUGAAACUAUCAAUGGUGGUACCCAGUUUGAAUAUAACGAUGAAGGAGUGACUUCCAAGGACAUGGCUACCCAACUUGCCUUCAUGCGUCUGCUGGCCAACCAUGCCUCCCAGAACAUCACCUACCACUGCAAGAACAGUAUUGCAUACAUGGAUGAAGAAACUGGCAACCUUAAGAAGGCUGUAAUACUGCAGGGAUCCAAUGAUGUUGAACUACGAGCUGAAGGCAACAGCAGAUUCACUUUCAGUGUUCUGGAAGAUGGCUGCUCUAGAAAGAACAACGCAUGGGGCAAAACAAUCAUUGAAUAUAGAACAAACAAACCAUCUCGCUUGCCCAUCCUUGACAUUGCACCUUUGGACAUUGGUGGAGCUGAUCAAGAAUUCGGUUUGGACAUUGGCCCAGUCUGUUUCAAAUGAACGAACUAAAACUAACUUAAAAUCCCCCAAAAAUAUUCUCUCUCUGCCAUUUCUUUUUUUUUUUUUUGUACUGAAAGCUGACUCCUUCCAUUUCUUCUGUUCAUCUACUUGCUUAAACUCUGGGCAAAAGAGAAGAAGGACUGAUUGGAGCAUUGUGCAAUGCAAUUUAAUACAGCCCCAAAAGGACUCGGAAACCUUUCAAGAUUUUAACACCUUGUUGUGGAAAAUGUCAGCCUUUGUAAGAAAAAAAAAACCAAAAUAAAAAAUCAUGAAAGUUUG